AACGCAUCUAGUAACAAUGUCUUUAAAUUGUCCUCAGCAUUACAACGUAUCUCCGUUUCUCGAAGGCGACGGCACUGCUUACAUGACGUCGGUACAGACGCAGGACGAUGAAGCUUCUAAGCGGCCUCUUUCUUCUCAUCGGUGUGACCUACGUUGAUGCCAUGCCUGAAAUAACGCGAGCAAUGUGCAUGAAGCCGCCGAAUCUUGGUAACUGCCUACCCUUACAAAAUCUUUGGCAUUAUGAUUACCGGAAAAGCAGUUGCCUGCAGUUCCAGAAGAACGAAUGUGGCGUUGGAUUCAACCAGUUCAUAUCCAAACAAAAGUGUGAAGAAGCGUGUUUAAAACCGUUUGGACAAAAGCAACAGAUGUGUCUCACAACAACGUAUACUGGCAGCUGUAAACCGAAGGCCCGGGCAUGGUAUUACGAUCCUAAAGAUGGUUUCUGUAAAAUGUUCAACCAUGGUGCGUGCGGCAGAGGUGGAAAUCAUUUCGCAAGUGAGAAAAAGUGCCUGGAGACUUGCAAACCUCCAGGCCAGCAAAAAAUCGUGUGCAGCCUGCCGCAAAGCCCAGGAGUGUGUUUAUUCACACUGUAUCGAUUUUACUUUGAACCGAAGAUAAACUCCUGUCUGCUAAUCAAGGGAAAAAGUUGUGGCAAAAAUGACAACGCUUUUACUUCGCAUGAAGCUUGCAUGAAAAGAUGCAGUCAUCCCGAAACACCCAAACCCUGCUACGGCUGUCAUGGAAUCAAGAAUAAUCAAGGACAGAAAACUCGUGUACAGCAAACUGCGGGUCAACAAACUAAAGGCUAGCGAAAUCAGCUCCCCGUUUUGGUC